AGCAGAAUAUCAGAAAAAUGGCUUCUUUUGCUUCUCUGAAGCAGUCUAUCUUCGACAAAGAAGCGCGAAAACAGCAAUAUCAAGCUCAUAUACGAGGUCUAAAUGCGUACGAUCGCCACAAGAAGUUCAUCAAUGAUUAUGUUGGCUUCUACGGGAAAGAGAGGUCUGUGAAGGCAAAGUUGCCAGUUAAAACUGAUCAGGAUACUCUUAGAGAAGGAUAUAGGUUUAUACGAACUGAGGAAGAUGAUAUGAAUCCAUCCUGGGAACAGAGGCUGGUGAAGCGCUACUAUGAUAAGCUAUUCAAGGAAUAUUGCAUAGCAGAUAUGUCACAUUACAAGAGUGGCAAGGUUGGUAUGAGAUGGAGGACUGAAAAAGAAGUGAUAUCUGGAAAGGGGCAGUUUUUUUGUGGUAAUAAACACUGCAAUAAUAAAGAAGGUUUGGCAAGCUAUGAGGUGAACUUUUCUUAUUUUGAAGCAGGAGAAAACAAACAAGCCCUGGUGAAAUUGGUGACAUGUGAAAAAUGUGCGGAAAAGCUUCUUUACAAGAACCAGAAAGAGAAAAAACAAUCAGUACAGAGGGAAUAUGUAGAGCAUUCAAGGAAAAGGGAAAGAUCAGAAAGUGAUGAUGAUUCAGACAGUCAUUAUGACAGGAGGAAAGAUAAGAGAAAAGGAGUAGGAGGAACGUGUCAGUAUUUGGUCACACAUUGGGACCUUGAUUUUUUAGCAGGGAGAAAGGCUUCAACUUCAAUAAGGGAUGACAAUGACAAUGAUGAUGACAACAUUGAUGAAUAUCUUGAGGGCAUGUUUCCUUGAAACAGCUGAAUUCCUGAUUUAUGUCCAACAGAUCAGAAGCUAGAAGCUGUACAGUCUAUAACGUAGAUUGCAAAGCUGGGAAGAAAAAAUUAUCCUUAAAAGUAAUUUCUUGCCAGUUUCAGUGCCUCUUUGGUUCUUAUCCUUCUUUUUCCAGAAGUGGAGUAUGGAUGAAGAGGCGGACAAAGGGAUUGGGUAAUAUGAGCAUAAAAAAUACUUGGACCACGUUAGAGUUGUUUUAAUAGGCACUUAACUCCGUACAUGAUGUGCUUGGUUUAAACUAUUCCGUUCAUUAUGUGUUUGGACAAAAUUAUCUUUGUAACUUUGAUUAUUUUUAUUUUUUUCCUUUUUCUAUCUCUUCCUUUUGCUA